AUGUCAAGCAUGUCUGCAAGUGCAUCCGCGAGCAGCACCGCAUUUUUGGGAUUUUCGAAGUUCCACUGCUACUGCGGGGAGUCGGCGGAUCUGUGGAGAUCUGGGACGUCGGAGAACCCAGGCAGGCUAUUCCUGAAGUGCGGCAUGGAAAAGAAAUGCAAGUUCUGGUUCUGGGAAGAUGAGGUGAGCGCACGGCCAAGCAGGUGCUUCGACGGCCGUAGGGAGCUUGGUUCCCAAAACCAAAACAGCCAGGUCCACUCGUCAAAAGUUGUUGAAGGAAUUAAGGAUUUACAUUCGGAGCUCGUGCUUGUUCGGUUUGCUCUGAUCAAGAUUGUCACUGGAAACCAGAAUACAAAGUUCAAGUGCACUGGUUAUUUGUCCACAAUCGAACAGAAAAGCGCGACAUAG